CCUCCAACCAUUCCUCAGUCUUUCUCCCCAAAACACAACCCUAGGUUGCAAUCCCCCCUACCGCCACAGGGAGCGAGCUUCAGCGCCGCCGUUCGUUGCUCUCAAGCACCACCGUAUUUUCGUCCGAUCGUCCGCGCUUCUUCCUCGUUCAGCAAUCGGUGCGUCUUCCUCGAGCGCGCCGUCAGUCGCUGCCUCGCUGGUCUUCGUCUGCUCAGCCGCUCUUCUGCCGCCGUCUGUCGUGCUCAGCCACAACCGUUUUGGUCUGGUCGUCCUGGUCGAAGAAUCCAACCCAUCUCCUCGUUAACGAAGCGCAGCUUCUCCUCAAGCUCGUUGUCCGCCGUCUGCCCUUAGUUUGCCGAAUCGCACUUCUGCCGUCCGUCGUCCUGCUCGUCACCUGGUCUCCGUCUCCGUCGUGCUUCUGCCCCUCUUCUCAGACUACUCAGAACGAAGCAGAGAGAGAUGGUGAAUGCAAUGGAGUGGCCGAAGCAGCAACAGCAGAAUCAGAAUCAGCAGAGGAAUGUGAUUGCUGGAGAGAUCAUGUAUGUGAAGGUGAUGACCGAUGAGCAGUUAGAGACUCUGAGGAAGCAGAUCGCUGUAUAUGCCACCAUUUGUGAGAAGCUAAUUGAGAUGCACAAAACCCUCUCUGCUCAGCAAGACCUUGCUGGAAUCAGGCUUGGAAGCAUGUAUUGUGAUCCAUUGAUGGCCUCUUCUGGCCACAAAAUAACUUCCCGGCAGCGGUGGACUCCGACAUCUGUGCAGCUUCAGAUUCUUGAGAGGAUAUUUGAUCAGGGGACCGGAACUCCAAGCAAGGAGAAGAUCAAGGAGAUUACUGCUGAACUUAGUAAGCAUGGUCAAAUUUCUGAGACUAACGUCUACAACUGGUUUCAGAACCGACGUGCUAGAUCGAAAAGAAAGCAGCAGAAUGUGGCAGCUAGCAAUAACACUAACACCAACACUGAAUCAGAAGUAGAGACUGAGGUUGAUUCCAAGGAUAAGAAGACUAAACCAGAGGAGUUUCAGUCGCAGCAGAGUCUCGCUAAUGUGGCUGCUCAGAAUGUCUGCUUCCAUAACCCUGACUUGCCUUACUUGAAUCCGGAAUCCAAUAAAUCAGAUUCCAUUUUCCCAUCAGAUGGUAGCCUAACAUCUACAAGCAACUUUGAUCAUAUGCCUGUUUUCAAUGGGAUGAUAGCAAAUUCAAGGAGUGAUUACCUUGCUGGGAAAAUGGAAGCACCUGAUAGUUACAAUAUAUACCAUGAAGGAGGAGAUUACAACAUUACAGGUUGACACAUUGAGAUUCAGUGUUAACUUGUGCCAACUGUGAUUAGCUUGUAAAGAAACAAGGGUGUGGUUUAUUGAGCUUGUAUUAAUGGGAAAGCACAUUUGAACCAAUCCAAAAAGUGGGAACUUAUAUGAACUUUACAUAUAUAGCAAUC